AUGGCGAAAGCAAAAGUUUUGGAGGGAAAUUUCCCGCCCAAAACCCUCGCCCAUGGAUUGGAGCCUAUUCCAUUCCCGCCCAUGGUGGAUUUCGAGGAAAUCCGACAGAAAGGCACGUCUGCGGCAAAGGAGGUUAUUGACCGGGUAGCCGAAGCCGGUCUGGAAUAUUUUCUUGGCGGUCCUCAUGUUCUAUAUAAGGAUGCGGUUACAGAAUUUUUCAAUACCGCAACCAUCCAUGACAAUAAGAUCACCGCAACUGUAUGCGGUACUGAAAUAAAGCUCACUGAGGCAUCGGUGACAAAGAGCCUGCGCCUUCCAACAGCCGGCCAGGAUGCAACGACAGACAUAGAGAUUAAAACUUUUGAGGCAGCUUGCCAGAUACUCUCGGCGACUAAGGAGCCGAUAAAAGUAUCCGGUAGCAAAUCAACGUUGAAACCGGAGAAGCAGCCGACCCCCGGUUCCAAAGGUGGCCGAAAGAAGAAAGCCGACAAGAAAGCAACCCCGGCGAAAGAAAAGGCCGAGAGCAAAGGAAAAGAGAAAAUAGUCUUCUCGGAACUGCCACCGCCAACGGAGGAGGAAGAGUCGGCCUCCGGCUCUGAAAGAUCCGAAUCAGAAAAGACCGAUGACGAAAGAUCGGGCAACGAAGAAGAGCAUUCGGGCCAAAGUCCCGAUAAUGCCGGUCCUGACGCAAACCCUGAGACCACCGAAGGCGGUGAAGAAGCCGGUGAAGGAAACGGUGACGAAGAGGAGGAGGAGGACGAAGAGGCAGAGGCCGAUAGGAUAGCGCUCAAACUCCUAAAAGUCACUAAAUAG